CUGAUUGGCUGCAGGCGCUCGCCCGAGCUCUGUCGGAACGCAAGGGCAGUGCUUUUAAAGGAGCUAGCUGCCUUGUGCGCUCUAGAACUUUAGUGCUACCUGCCUGUACUUGCUCCCGCGCUUUCGAGAUCCAGGUCACCUCGCCAGAAAUGUCUCAGGCUGAAUUUGACAAAGCUGCUGAGGAGGUGAAGCGCCUCAAGACCCAGCCAACUGAUGAAGAGAUGCUCUUCAUCUACAGCCACUUUAAACAAGCCACUGUAGGUGAUGUAAAUACAGAUCGGCCCGGGCUUUUGGACCUCAAAGGCAAGGCCAAGUGGGAUUCCUGGAAUAAACUUAAAGGAACUUCCAAGGAAAGUGCCAUGAAAACCUAUGUGGAGAAAGUGGAAGAGCUGAAGAAGAAAUACGGAAUAUAAUAAGCCAGAUUUGGUGGCCAGCCGCACAUGUGACCCAUGAGACCCAUGAGGACAUAAUGCCUUGUUUUUUUCUAAUGUAGAUAAUAUGGUUCUGAUAAAUUAGAGCCAGAAUUAAUCGCUGAUCCUCCUCCCUGUGUAGUUUUUACUUGAAAAAUCAAUUAAAAGUACAUUUGUUACUUU